AUGCCUGAAUUGGGAUCGAAACGCAGAGCGUCGAAGAAGGUGGCAAAGAAAGCGCCCACUAAAAAGACAAGCAAAGGUGAAACGAAACAAAGAAAAACAAGGAAGCACACCUACAGUGUAUACAUCCACAAAGUGCUGAAGCAGGUUCACCCCGAUACAAGCAUCUCUUCCUCGGCUAUGAAUAUCAUCAACUCUUUCAUCGACGACAUCUUCGAGCGCAUCGCCUCCGAGGCUUCUCGUCUUAUCCGGUACAGCAAACGGCUGACCAUCUCUUCUCGAGAAAUCCAGACCUCCGUACGUCUUCUGCUGCCUGGGGAACUAGCCAAGCAUGCCGUCUCUGAAGGAACAAAAGCGGUCACUAAAUACACCAGCUCCAGAUAA